AUGUGGGAACGUACGAUAACCAUGUGCAGUGCCGGCAAGGUGUUCGGUGUGUCGGGCUGGAAGAUCGGGUGGACGAUUGGACCGGAGAGAUUCAUCAAUGCAAUGCAAUUGAUUCAGCAGAACACCAUCUACGCGGUGUGUACGCCACUGCAAGAGGCCCUUGCACAGACAAUUGAGGAGAUUGUUUCAACCUUGGAUACCAAGGACUGCUUCUUCCAUAAACUGUCGCUUGAGAUAGCAGAGAAGCGAGAACGCUUUGCGAACGCCCUUGAAUCAGUCGGAAUGUGUCCAGUUAUCCCACAGGGAGGCUUCUUCAUGCUUGGCAACAUUUCCAAUGUCGAGGGACCGAAGAGAGAGAAGGACGACAAGCGACCUUACGACGUCGUGUUCAACGAAUGGAUGAUGAUCAACAAGGGCAUCGCUGGCGCCCCACUUUCCGCCUUCUUUUACGAUGAAAAGAGCUCAUUCAGUGAUGACUACCUUCGUUUUUGUUUCGUUAAAGACGACUCCACAUUUGAGAAGGCGUUGGAGUGCCUGACGAAAUGGUGA